AUGGCAAGUAAUGUAACCAGCAACGAAGCUGAAGCGAAUAUGAAGAAGAUUCAAGAGGGCACGAGUUGUGCAAAUUCCGUUGUAACAUGUAGCUCGACAGCCUCACGCAAGCGGAGGGCAGAACUGUGCCUCCGUCAGCUGAAAGAAAAACAAGAAACAGAGCGCAGAAGCGAGGAGGCUCGCCGGGAGCUCGAACUGCAGUCGGCCCGGCACGAGCUAGAACUUGCUGAGAUUGAAGAAGAAGAUUCCGAUGACAGAGGAGUGCUAUCCUUACCAGACGAGCCAGCAACCGAUGUUCAAGUAGAAAAUUACGUGAAGGACUUACCUGACAAUGCAAUUAGUGAAAAUCUUUGUGAUAAUAUACCAUCAAGACAAAUUUAUUCUCAAAACGUUUAUGGUUUACCUAAACCGGAGUUGAUUAAAUUUAGUGGGAAUCCUGCUGAUUAUUGUAAAUUCAUCAGCAAUUUCGAAACCAAUAUCGAGGCAAGGGUAAGUGACAAUAGAUUAAAAUUAAAUUAUUUAAUUCAAUUGUGUCAGGGUGAAGCAAAAUAUUGUAUCGAAGAUUGUGUAAUUUUGUCUCCGGACGAAGGCUAUUUAAGGGCUAAAGAAAUCCUUAAAUCUAGGUACGGUAAACCACAUUUAGUGGCCCGGUCCCAUGUGGAUAAUUUAGUAAAUGGCAGUGCCAUAAAAAGUAAUGACGUAAAGGGUCUAAUGAACCUGUCACUCCAUAUGGAGAAAUGUCAUAUGACCUUGACACAGCUAGGUUUUAUGUCCGAUGUGAAUAAUACGGAAAACCUACGCAAAAUAGUUAGGAGACUUCCACUUCACAUUCGGUCCCAGUGGGUCGAACGUGCAAGUAGCCUGAUAGAGCAGGGGCUCGAACCAAGUUUUAACCAUCUUCUAACCUUUGUGAGGGAACGGUCAAUUGUAGCCAAUACAAUGUAUGGUUAUGACCUUGCGAAUGAGUCAAAACAAACAGUGAAUUCGCAAAGAAAUUCCCACAUAAACCCUCCUCAGCGUAAUAAAGUAGUUACACUGUCCACUGGCUCUGAUAAGAGAAAUUCAGGUAAAUCUCCCUUAGAGAAAUCCGCUAGGGGACGAUUAUCAUGUAUUUAUUGUAAAAAGGCCCAUAAAUUAAGGGCAUGCGCAGAGUUUCGCUCCAUUGAUAUUGAUUCAAAGCUGAGAGUUAUCAGAGAGCAUGAAAUGUGUGAAAACUGUUUGUAUUUCAAACAUGUUGCCGAAAAUUGUAGGCAAAAUAGUUUUUGUGAGGUUUCAGGUUGUACCGGGAAACAUAAUACAAUGUUUCACCGAGAUUCUAGUAAAAUCAACAAAUUUACAAAUGUUGAGGAUAAAUAUGUUGCGGCUUCCGAAUCGAGGUGUAAACAAAACAAGGUAAGUUUACGCAUAGUUCCUGUCGUCGUCGGAACGAAAACUAUGCAAGUAGAAACGUAUGCUCUCCUUGAUGAAGGGAGCGAUGUAACGCUUUGUAGCGAUAGCCUUGUAAAAAGGCUUGGGGUUGAAAGUAAACCUUGUAAGUUCACGUUAACUACAGUGAACAAGUCUGGUCAAAAUAUAAAUGGCAAAGAAGUUAAACUACAGGUAAGUGCAUUAAAUGGGGGUCAGGUCAUUGACCUUCAAAAGGUAUGGUCUGUAAAAACCCUGCCUAUAUCCUUGCAGUCGUUGCCAGACCAGUCUGUGACAGGUAAGUGGAAACACCUUAAUGGUAUCAAUUUACCGAAAAUUGAUGUAAACAAAGUUGAGUUGCUUGUGGGAAGCGACACCCCAGACGCAUUCUGGGUAGAAGAGCAGCGAAGGGGGAAUAAAGGUGAGCCCUAUGCAAUUAGGUCAAUAUUAGGCUGGAGUAUUAUAGGACCCACAUGUAAUGGAUCGUCAAAUGAUCAAGGUAGUAUCAAUUUUCAGUUUGCUUCUAGUACACAGUUGCAAAUCGAUAAGUUAUGGGCAACCGACUUCCCAGAUGUCAAGAGCUGUGGCACAGGGAUGUCACAGGAAGACCGUCGUGCACUUUCAGUAAUGAAAGGUACAGUAGUAAAGGAAAACGGUCAUUACAAAUUGGGACUCCCGUGGAGAAACCCAGACGUAAGUCUUCCAAAUAACGUGAAGAUGGCUACGGUAAGACUAUCUCAUUUGAAGCGAAAACUUCAAAGAGAUAAUAAGUUAUUUGAUAUGUAUAAAGAAACGGUGAAUGGGUAUAUUGAUAAGGGUUAUGCUUCCUUAUUAGAUACCAGAACGGGAUUCGAACCCGGACGUAUUUGGUAUCUACCUCAUCAUCCAGUUGUGAACCCAAAGAAGCCGGGUAAGGUAAGAGUUGUCUUUGACUGUGCUGCUAAGUAUCGAGGCACAUCAUUGAAUGACAAUCUGUUACAAGGUCCCGACCUAACUAACAGUAUUACUGGCGUACUUAUGCGAUUCCGGCAGGCCCCAGUAGCAUUGGUUGCGGACAUAGAAGCCAUGUUCCACCAGGUAAGAGUAUGUGAGCAUGAUAGGGAUUCUUUAAGAUUCCUUUGGUGGCCUCAAGGUAACUUGAACGAGGAACCAAAGGAGUAUCGUAUGAACGUCCACUUGUUUGGUGCAACUUCGUCACCAAGUUGUGCGGCUUUCUGUUUAAAGCGCACGGCAAAUGAAAAUACUGAUAAAUUCAGUCAAGAAGCGGUAAGUACGGUUGAACGUAAUUUCUACGUUGAUGACCUUCUUAAGUCAGUAUUAGACUCAAGUUCGGGAAUUAGACUUGCCGCAGAAAUGAAAGAACUUCUUUCUUUAGGGGGCUUCAGACUGACAAAGUGGCUCUCUAAUUGUGAAUAUGUCAUGAAUUCGAUCCCGGAAGCGGAUCGAGCUCAGUUAAAGGAAAAAAUAGACCUUGACAACGAAUCGUCAUGUGAGCGAACACUUGGGUUACAGUGGCAUGUUAAGUAUGACCAUUUUGUGUUUGAUGUAAAUCUCCGUGACAAAGGUACGACAAGACGUAAUAUCUUGUCGGUUGCCAGUUCAUUGUAUGAUCCGCUUGGGCUUGUUGCACCAGUGACGUUAACACCAAAAUUGAUUCUACAACGUGCUUGUAGAACAAACCUAGGCUGGGACGAACAAAUUCCAGAUGCGGAUGCUGAAAAAUGGUUGCAGUGGCUAGCCAGCCUACCAGCACUAUCGAAGGUAAGUAUAGAUAGAUGUAUAAUACCAGGUGAGCUCGACAGGUCAACCUUGAAAGCUGAACUACAUAUGUUUAGUGAUUCAUCUGAGUAUGCCUAUGGAUCGAGCGUGUACUUAAAAGUGUAUGACGCGAAGGGGCACAGUAAGUGCAGUCUAGUUAUAGGUAAGUCUAGGUUAGCACCUAUAAAGGCUAUUUCGAUACCAAGACUCGAACUUGCAGCAGCUGUAGUUGCUGUAAAACUGUAUCAGAUUGUCAUAGAGGAGCUUGAUGUCAAAAUUACUGAAAGGUACUUUUGGACGGACUCUAUGAUUGUGUUAGGUUACAUAAGAAAUGAAACGAAAAGGUUUAAGACUUUCGUUGCAAAUAGACUAUCAAUAAUUCAUGAGGUGACGUCACCACAUGACUGGAGGCAUGUACCCUCAAAGAGUAACCCUGCUGACAUUGCGUCAAGGGGAGUUAAUCCGCAAGAAACUGAAAAGCUUGACAUAUGGUUGAAUGGCCCCGAAUUCCUUAAAAGGAAUGAAUCAGGGUGGCCAGCGCAGGUAAGUAAUGCAACCGUAAAUGAGGAUGACAUAGAGCUCAAACCUCAGGCUAGUGUACUAAACACUCAUGGUAAGUAUAAUUUGAGUAUGAAUACGUUACUUAGUAAGUUCUCCGACUGGCAUAAACUUCAAAAUGCAGUCGCUUGGCUACUACGUUUUAAGUGUUUCUUAAUUGAGAAAUACUUACCCCAAAGACGAAGUCUUUACAGUAAGGUAAGUAGUAAACCCCUUAGUGUGGGGGAAAUUAAAAUGGCACAAACAGCCAUCUUUAAAUUAGUUCAAACGGAGGCGUUUGAAAAUGAAAUAAGUGAAUUAAAGGCUCAGAGGCCAGUUCCGAGUUCGAGCCCUCUGAAAAGGCUAUGUCCUAUAUUGAAGGAUAAUGUAAUGCGAGUCGGCGGACGACUAGCAAUGUCCGACCUACACGUAGAUGCUAAGCAUCAAAUUAUCUUGCCGAGUAGCCAUCACGUGACAAGAAUCCUGAUACAAAACUGUCAUGAACAGAAUGCGCACAUGGGCCCAGUACAUAUUCUGGCCAUGUUGCGACAAAAGUAUUGGAUAAUCCAUGGUCUGCAAACAGUUAAGUCUGUUAUCGGUAGGUGCAUAACGUGCAAACGACAGUUACAACGACCGGAAUUGCAACAGAUGUGCGAUCUUCCAGAAGAAAGACUCACACCCGAUAAGGCACCGUUUACGUAUGUCGGUGUCGAUUAUUUUGGCCCGAUGACUGUGAAGUCUGGAAGACGACAUCUGAAAAGAUACGGCUGUAUAUUUACGUGCUUGACCACCAGAGCAGUGCACAUUGAAAUUGCUCAUAGCUUAGAUACGGACUCUUUCAUCUGUGCACUGCAAAGGUUUGUAAGUCGUAGAGGCCGUCCCGAAAAAAUAUUCAGUGACAAUGGGAAAAAUUUUGUAUCAGGAGAUAGAGUUUUGCGUGAUAGCAUUCGGCAAUUUAAUCAAAGUCGACUCGCAAAAUUAUGUCAACAGCAAGAAAUGAAAUGGCAUUUUAAUCCUCCAUAUGCAAGUCAUAUGGGCGGUAUUUGGGAACGGUUAGUACGGUCCACAAAAAGGGCUAUAAAAUCAGUCAUUGGAGAACAACUUCUCAACGAUGAGGCUCUGUUAACUUUAGUUACAGAGAUAGAAAAGAUUCUCAAUGAUAGACCGAUUACCCAGGUAAGUAGUGAUCAAAGGGAUCCAGAACCCUUAUCCCCAAAUAAACUUUUGAUUAUGAGACCAAAUGCUUCAUUCCCACCAGGUUUAUUUGAUAAGCGAGAUGUUUAUUGUAAACGCUGGUGGCGACAGGUACAGUAUCUAGCGAAUGUUUUCUGGAAAAGGUGGGUUCGAGAAUAUCUGCCGACCUUACAG